AUGGCUGCAGUUUCAAGCGACAACCGACAAGUUAUCCAAACGACUUGGUCCAAGGUUUUCGCAGAAAUCGAACAACCCGAGUUCAAAUCUGCUUUCGAAUCCGAAGAUCAAGUGUACACCAGUUUUUUUGAACAGUGUGCCUUUGACGAUUUUGACUUGACCCUUCUUCGUUUCUUAAAAGCCCGGAAGUUCAAUGUCAACGAUGCUGCCAGUAUGCUAACCAAUGCUAUUCGUUGGAGACAUCAAGUCGAUUUACGUGGCGUUAUGUUGCGCGGUGAAAAAGAAUUAAAUCAAGACUAUGUCAAAGCUUCCAUGUACUUUAUUUGGGGUCAAGAUAGAUCUGGACGGCCAAUCGUUUUCUUAAACCUUCACAACUUCAUUCCUCCUAAAGACGCAAAAAACAUGGACGAACUGAAGGCUCUUAUCCUUUAUGCCAUGGAAAACGCUCGCUUAUUUUUGGACUCUGAACAAAAUCCUUCCAAAGGCGUUUUGGGCUUAGUCGACUUAACCUAUUUCUCUAGGAAAAACAUCGACUUGGAAUUUGCCAAGGUUUUCGCUGAGACCUUUCAAAACUAUUAUCCAGAAAUUUUGGGUCAGGCUUUGGUUGUCGGUUCUGGUUUUCGAAUGGCAUUGUUUGAGGGCGUUUGGAGUAUUGGCAAGUACUUUUUAGACCCAGAAGUGCGCAAAAAAAUUGUUUUCUGUAAGCCCUAUCAAGUCAAAGAUUACCUUGACAAUAAAUAUAUUCCGCAUUCUAUGCAAGGCCAAUUUGAUGAAACAAAAAUUUACGAUAAUGCACCACCAGAGCCUGCUGGUACUGGCAGCAAAGAGCAGCUUGCCGCUUUGGAUGCAAAAUACAUCGAAGCUUCUAAAGAGUUUAUCAGCCUUACAAGAGAAUGGCUUUACUCUUCAGGCAAGCCCAACGAGAAAGAUCUUGAAGAAAAACGUAUGCAAGUCAAGUCAAAGUGCAAGCAACUUUGGCGUGAGGGUCUCUCCCUCCGUCCUCCCAACAUUUAUCAGCGACUUGGUCUCAUUGAUCCUAAGGGUAAAGUCGACUGGUCAAAGGUUUAA